CGCCGUCAACCAAUUGGCGGACUGGCAGAAGCAGCAUCCCGACGAACUCUUCAACUUGCUCUCUAGAGUCGUUCCCUAUCUGCGACACAAGGACUGGGAUACGCGAGUGACUGCGGCGAAAGCUCUCGGCAAGAUCAUCGAGAAUGCCCCGUACUACGAUCCCAAUGAGGAUGAGGAGCCCACGGCGCCAGAGAAGCAGGAACCCGCCGACGCGGUCCGCCUCGUUAAGAAGGAGGAAGACGACGCCCCGCCGCCGUCCGCGGACGAGUACUUCAGGCCCGAGACGCUAGAUGUUUCCACGAUACUGAAAUAUGGCCGAGAACUUUUGAGGUCGGGGGAUAUAGAUUAUUCGCUUGCCGGUCUCGACCCCCCGUCCCAACUCGCCUAUCAGAAGAAGACGCUGAUGGGUCGGCUGGGGCUACUCGGCAGGCGAUUUGAAGACGAAGAAAUUCCCGUCGCAACUGAAAAAUCCGCUAGUCCUUCCGUGCCGCAGGAUCCCAUCCCUACUAACGGUUCGGCCCGCCAGGACAGCGUCGCAAGUUCCGCACCCAGCCAACCCAUCGAGGAGUCGGGGUUGAGCGCUAGGCAGUUGAACGUGCUAAAGCGAAAACGCAAGAGAGAUGCGCAGAAGGCUGCGCAGGGGAAGAGCGGCUUCGGCGACUUAUCGAUACGCAGAUCCUACACGGCAGGAUCGGAGGGGCUCGACGACACGCCGAUGCCCGACGCCGAGACGAAGAAGAACGGAAAGACGGACUACUUCAGUCUCGAUCGGCCUGUUGACGUUGACGAGGAUACUAAGAUUGUCUCCGAGUUCAAAGGUCCGUCGGUUGCCGUGAAGUCGGAAAUCGAGACGGAGGAUGAGCUACAGGGAUCGGAAUGGCCGUAUGAGCGUCUCUGCGAGUUCCUCAAAAUCGACAUCUUCGAUGCGCAGUGGGAGACGCGACAUGGCGCCGCGCUGGGCCUUCGGGAAAUACUCCGGGUCCACGGCGCUGGGGCCGGUCGGUUAAGAGGAAAAUCGAGAGCUGAGAAUGACGUACUCAAUAGAAAAUGGCUUGAUGAUAUGGCUUGCCGGCUUUGCUGUGUGCUCAUGCUGGAUAGAUUCACCGACUAUGCGUCGGAUACCUCGGUCGCGCCGAUUCGGGAGACCGUUGGCCAGAGCCUGGGUUCGUUCCUGAAACACGUGCCGCCGCAGUCUGUCUACAGCAUCUACCGCAUCCUCCACCGAAUGGUUAUGCAGCAGGGCCUCGAAUUGGACAGGUCCGUCUGGGCCGUCCGUCACGGCGGCAUGGUCGGUCUGCGAUACGUCGUCGCCGUGAGAAAGGACAUGCUGCUGCUGCACGGCGACAUGAUCGACGGCGUGGUGGAAGCCGUAAUGGAAGGUUUAAGUGACACGGACGAUGACGUCCGAUCCGUCAGUGCGGCAACGCUUAUCCCUAUGGCCCAGGAGUUUGUCCAGCUGCGACCGGGUGCGGUGAAGGAGCUGAUCAACAUCGUGUGGGAGAGCCUGUCUAGCCUGGGCGACGACUUGAGUGCGAGCACCGGGAAGAUCAUGGAUCUCCUGGCCACCCUUUGCGGCUUCCCCGAGGUUCUCGAAGCGAUGAAGAAUUCUGCGGAGCAGGACGAGGAAAGGUCUUUCACACUCUUAGUACCGCGCCUCUACCCGUUCCUGCGGCAUACCAUCACCUCUGUCCGUCUAGCCGUCGUCAAGGCUCUAAUCACGUUUGUUAGUCUCGGCGAGGAGUCUCAGGGUUGGCUAGACGGCAGGAUUCUUCGCUUGACGUUCCAGAACAUCCUCGUGGAACGCGAUCAGGAUACCCUCAGCAUGUCUAUGGAGCUAUGGGCUGCCCUGGUGAGGUGCUUGGCGAGGAAUCCGGACAAGCUCGCACGUGAAUUCGCUCCGCAUAUCGACGCCCUCAUGCAACUUACCCUACAUCCCGUCGGGGUACCUAACCAUCCUAUCCCCAUGAAUGUUGCCUUAUUCGUGAAGCCAUCUGGGUCUACAUACUCGAUCUCCGGCUUGCCGUCCGUUGCGGCGCGCAAAGGCUCCGAGCCGGACGGGGAGCGAGCAACCAAAAGACGAAAGAAGUCCACUAGAGCUGACGACAUGACACCUCCGAGGCAAACUCACGAUCUCGACGGACACAUGAUGCAAGGUGACGUGGACAUGGUCGGCAUGGACGCUCUCAUCCGCUCUCGUGUUUCGGCCGCCACGGCAAUAGGCCUGAUCAUGUCGCAUGUGCCCACCCAGUCCCUGGACUCUUAUGACGCUACCCUUGUCCCGGCGCUCACAUCGUCAUAUGCGUCCACUCAACUGGCCGCAUGCAUGGUGAUUGAUGAGUACGCCCGAAACUGCGUUUCCUCCCCAGCCGAUGUGCCACGGUACGUGGACGAGUUGCAGAAGAUCAUAGAUUUCGAUCGGCCUUACCAGUAUCGCGACCUCGUCAGCUACGUUCAACGGGUGCGGUCGCAGUGCCAGCAACUCGUCAACCUCUUCCGGGACCACGGAAAGGUGCCUCAACACAAGCUUCCGGUGCUCGCUGUUGUUGUGCAAGGUGAAGCGGAAGCGGGCCCGGGCGCCUUCUCCCUCGUCAAUGCUGAAAAAUGUGUCGGGGAUGAUUUCGAACGGCUUAAGAAGACGAUGGCACCGGCUCAACGCUUAAUAGCCAGCCAGCAGCUCGGCGACGCUCGAGCGGAAGCCGUCUCGGCGAUAGAAGAGGCCAAGUCUUUCAAGGACACACGCGAUGUUCGGAUCAAGGCCGCUGCGGCUUGCGCCCUCAUCGCGAUGAAGGUGCUGCCCAAGAAGCCCAGCCCGCUGAUCAAAGCCAUCAUGGACAGCAUUAAACUAGAAGAGAGCCAGCGGCUCCAGAGUCGUUCCGCGGACACGAUCGGUCGCUUGGUCCAGCUGUUUACUGCGAAGGGACGGCGAGGUCCCGUAGACAAAGUCGUCUCGAAUCUGGUAAAGUUCUCGUGCGUCGAGGUUGCCGAGACACCCGAGUUCCCAGUCCAUGCAGCGAAGACCAGUGUCAUCCUAUCGAUGCAGAAGGAAGAGGAUCGUGUUGACCAUGGAUCUGACGCUGCCAAGUUUGCCCGAGAAGCCAAAGGGGCACGCAUCACCAGGCGGGGUGCGAAGGAAGCCCUCGAAGUGCUCUCCCGUACGUUCGGUCCCGAUCUUUUCGACACCGUCCCGAGCCUGAGAAGUUUUAUGGAGGACCCUCUAGUCAGGGCAUUUUCCGGCGACCUCCCCGCCGAGGCAAAAGACCCCGAGGACACCUUUGGCCAAGAAAUCGUCGAUGCCAUGUCGGUCAUACGGACCAUGACUCCGACUCUAGACAAGACAUUAUACCCGUUCGUCGUGCGACAAAUACCACUCAUUAUUAAGUCGCUGCACUCGAAACUAUCCAUAUUCCGCUACAUGGCCGCGAAAUGCAUGGCCACUAUCUGUAGCGUUAUCACGGUCGACGGCAUGACGGCGCUCGUGGAAAAGGUGUUACCUUCCAUCAGCAACCCCCUCGACCUAAACCUCCGCCAAGGCGCAAUUGAAGUCAUCUACCACUUGAUUGCCGUCAUGGGCGACGGUAUCUUGCCCUACGUCAUUUUCCUCAUCGUGCCCGUCCUAGGUCGCAUGAGCGACUCGGAUAACGAUAUCCGUCUAAUCGCAACUACGUCGUUCGCCACGUUAGUUAAACUCGUACCUCUCGAAGCAGGUAUCCCCGAUCCUCCCGGCUUCUCCGAGGAGUUGCUCAAGGGGAGGGACCGCGAACGGACCUUUAUCGCGCAGCUUCUUGAUCCGAAGAAAGUUGAGCCCUUUAAAAUCCCCGUUGCCAUCAAUGCCGAACUGCGAUCGUACCAGCAAGAAGGGGUCAAUUGGCUCCACUUCCUCAAUAAGUAUCACCUCCACGGUAUCCUCUGCGAUGACAUGGGCCUGGGGAAAACCCUUCAGACACUUUGUAUUGUCGCAAGCGACCACUUCAACAGAGCUGAAGAGUUCAAGAGGACUAGUGCCCCAGAUGUGCGGAAAUUGCCGUCACUUAUUGUGUGCCCGCCUACGCUUUCCGGGCAUUGGCAACAGGAACUGAAGACAUUCGCGCCGUUCUUAGGUGUCACUGCUUUUGUCGGCCCCCCUACCGAGAGAAGGGCUAAAGCCGCCCAGUUUGCAACCACUGACAUCGUCAUCACUUCGUACGAGGUGUGCCGGAAUGAUACAGAGUACCUAGAAAAACAAAGCUGGAACUACAUCGUGCUCGACGAGGGACACCUAAUUAAGAAUCCCAAAGCGAAGAUUACCCUAGCCGUCAAGAGGUUGGCUAGCAAUCACCGGCUGAUCCUUACCGGUACGCCGAUCCAGAACAACGUCCUAGAGCUCUGGUCCCUCUUCGAUUUCUUGAUGCCGGGGUUCCUCGGUGCUGAAAAGGUGUUCCUGGACCGGUUUGCCAAGCCGAUCGCCGCCAGCCGCUUCAGCAAAGCUUCGUCAAAAGAGCAAGAAGCCGGUGCGCUCGCGAUCGAGGCCCUGCACAAGCAGGUCUUGCCCUUCCUCCUUCGCCGUCUGAAGGAAGAAGUUCUCGACGACCUCCCGCCCAAGAUCCUCCAGAAUUACUAUUGCGACCUUAGCGAUCUCCAGAGGAAGCUGUUCGAGGAUUUCACCAAGAAGCAGGGCAAGAAGCUCACCGAAGAAGCCAGCCGCGACGAUAAGGAAGCCAAGCAGCACAUCUUCCAGGCCUUGCAGUACAUGCGAAAGCUUUGCAAUUCCCCCGCUCUGGUCAUGACGCCGAGCCACAAGCUGUAUGAAGAGACGCAGCGCUUCCUCGCAAAACAGGGGACCAGCGUAGAGGAUCCCACACACGCCCCCAAGCUUACCGCACUUAAGGACCUACUCGUCGACUGCGGCAUAGGCGUGGAAGGCAAUGACUCAAACGACCCGCUCUACCAGCCGAUCAAGCCGCACAGAGCCCUGAUAUUCUGUCAGAUGAAGGAGAUGCUGGACAUGGUCCAGAACACGGUGCUGAAGCGCAUGCUCCCGUCCGUCUCGUACCUGCGGCUCGACGGCUCGGUCGAGGCGAACAAGCGGCAGGACAUUGUGAACAAGUUCAACAAGGACCCGUCGUACGACUGCCUGCUCCUCACGACUAGCGUGGGCGGCUUAGGGCUCAACCUCACGGGCGCCGAUACCGUCAUCUUUGUCGAGCACGACUGGAACCCCCAGCGAGACCUCCAGGCUAUGGAUCGCGCUCACCGCAUCGGUCAGAAGAAGGUCGUCAACGUGUACCGGUUGAUCACCAGGGGCACGCUAGAAGAGAAGAUCCUGAGCCUCCAGGCAUUCAAGAUCGACGUCGCGUCCACGGUCGUGAACCAGCAAAAUGCAGGAUUGGGGACCAUGGAUACGGACCAGAUACUGGACCUGUUCAACCUGGGCGACGCGGGACCGAGCCUGAUCACGGACAAGGGGGGGGCGGGCGGCGGCGGGAUCGAGGGCCGCGAGGAGGACAUGGUGGACGUGGAGACGGGCGACGUGCGGGCCCCCGGUAAGAAGGCUUGGGCCGACGACCUCGGCGAGCUCUGGGACGACCGCCAGUACGAGGAGAGCUUCGACCUCGACGGCUUCCUCAAGACGAUGCAAUGACGACGAGGAAACACGACGGGAGUGGAGGAGAAGAAGAAGGCGGAGGAGGAGGAGGAGGAGGGGGGGCUCGCGAAGCGCGCGGCAGUGGGAGGGCAGAGGAAAGGCGUCACGGCUAGGGCAAGGAAAUCCCGAAGUAGAUUUC